AUGCUGAAACACAUUCAUCAAAUAGGUAAAAGUCUGAGUGAUGAAAUACAGAAAGGGUUACAAGAUGAACUUGGUGAAGUGCCUACUCAGGAAGAUCAAUCUGCUCCUCCUGGUACACAAUCAAAUGGGGUUAUGCCAGAAUUACCGAGGGAGAUACAAGCUAAAUUGAGAAAAUUUGAUAAGUAUGAAGCCAAAUAUCCUGCUUUGCUCAAUGCUUAUAAAACUGAAAGGGCUAGAAAUGAAAAUAUCGAGAAAAUCCUUGCAGAAAAUACUCCUAUCUCAAGUUUAGAUGAUAUUGAUGCAUUACCCACAUUCUUUCACGAUCUAAAUAGCAAGCAUACAUUGUUUAACGAUGAAAUAAAAAGACUGACGAAAGAAAAUAAUGAUGCAAAGCAAGCCACUGAUGGCGAUUCACUUAAAGAAUUAAAAAAGAAACACGAAGAAGAAAUAAAGGAAUUACAAACUCAACUAGACUUAACAAAAGAGAACACCCCAGUAAACACUUCAAAUAAUGAGGAUAAUGAAGAAUUGAAGAAGAUGUUUGAAUUGAAAGAACAAGAGUAUAAGUCCAACAUAUCAAAAUUAGAGACAGAAGUCGAAAAAAUAAAUGCAGAGUUAGGCGCCAAAGAAGAGCAGCUCGUUUUAGAAAGAAACGGAUCUCAAAAGGAGAAAGCUGAGCUCCUCGAAUCAUAUCAAAAAGAGAGAGACGUUCUUAAUGAACAGCUAAAAGCCACAACCGAAGAGUUAAAAAUUAACAUAGAAAAGAUAGAAUCACUAGAAAAACAACUGAAGGAAAAAUCCAUCCCUCCUUCUGGAAAUGGUGUUGAAGAUGUGGAGGCACCGCAAUCUGAUACGGAGCCUAGCGUAUCAACAACGCCAAUUAGCAAAAGUAAGAAGAAAAGGAAUAAGAAGAAGAACAAAAAGCAAAAUGCACUAAGUACUGCUGAGACGAUCUCCCAGAUCGAGAAGGAGGUACCAACUAAUAGCUCUGGUGAAUUGAACAUUAAAUAUGAGGCGUUGCUGAAAGAUUACACUGAGCUCAAAACUGCUCACAGCAAUUGUCAAAAGUGGGAGAGUCAAUAUAAUGAGGUUAGUGAGAAGUUAAAGGAUUCGAAAUCCUUGCUGGAGGAAAUGCAAGCUUUGAAGAAUGAACACGAGAAAAUUCAAGCAGAAUUAUUAGAUAGCAAAAAGGCAUUAAAAUCCAAAAGUGUUGAAGUGGAGGAAGUUAGGGAUAUGUUGAGAGAUGUAGGAAAUGAAUUAGUUGAGGCUAAAGACCAAUUAAAAGACUCUUCAAAGAUUGACAAGGAAGAACUUACAAACGCUAGAAAUGAAAUCGAAAAAUUGAAGAAAGACAAUGAGGCUGUCGUGUCUACUUAUAGGAUGAAACAUGUCGAACUUACCAAUAAGAUUGAUUAUCUCAACAACGAAUUAACGAAGUUUAAGGCAAGUUCAGAUGAACAAAAGAAACAGUUACAAGAAAGUGUAAACAAUGCUAAUGAUAUAAUUAAUAAACUGAAGAUUGAAAACUCUAAUAUCACCUCACAAUUCAGGGAUUAUAACAAUCUAAAAAAUGCCACAAUUCAAAAGGAAAAGACGAUUGCUUACUUAGAAAAGCAAAUUAAAGAGUACACUGAAGCGAAGGAUAAAUUGAACAAAGAGAUUGACAUACAAAAGAAAGAAAACAUUCAAUUAACAAAUCGAUUGGGUCUAUUGAAGAAGGAAAAUCAGAAUUUACAUGAUAAUGAGUCAAAAAAUUCUCAAUCCUUUGAAAAUUAUUUGAAGGAAAAUGGCAAACUCUCCGAAAGGUUAUCUAUACUACAAGAAAAAUACGAUACUUUACAAAACUUGAAGAGUAAUUCAAGUGAACAGAAUGACACCAUCAAAAGACAAUGCGAAGAGCUAAAUAUCAAAUUAAAGGAAUCAAAUAAAAGAGUCAUAUCUCUGGAGGACGAAUUAAAUGAUUACACUAAUAUUAUACAAGAAAAGACAAGAGAAUCUGAAACCAUGAGGAGACUACUUGCUGAUUCUCAAAAUGAUGAAAGCUCAAAAUAUAAAGAGCUAACAGAUAAGUUAGCCUACUUAACUAAUGAGAAAUCAAAACUUGAUUCCGAGCUAGCAUUGCAAUCUUCAAGAACAACACGAGAAAUUCAUGAUUGGAAACAAGCCAAUUUAGAGUUAAAAUCAGAAAUGCAUUCCCUAAGGAUGAGAGAGAAAGAGCUACUUUCUGAAAUUGAUACUUUGAAUUCACUACAUGAUCAAAUGAAACGUAAAAGUGUAGCCAAUAAUGAGGACUCAGGCGAAUUAGAAAAAGUAACAACCAACCUAAAAGAGUCAUUAGCAAAUGCAGACCAAAAAAUUCGUGACUUGCAAGCCUCGAAUGUCGAAUUAAUGCAUUUAAACAACGAUGUCAAUAAGAAGUUGGAGCGCAUAACAAAAAAUUAUAGAACGAUAUCCAAUCAAUUGAAUGCUUUGAAGGAGGGUAAAGAAAUACCAACGAGAGCAAGCAGAUCUAACUCUGCAGCUUCAACUAUGAGCAAUCAUUUAGCUGUAAAUGAACCUCGCCGUUCUCCAUCAUCCCAAAAUUUGGAAGCUGCUACAACUGAAACAGAAUUAGAACAAAAUGAAAAGAUCGCUUACAUCAAAAAUGUUCUGUUAGGGUUUUUGGAACAUAAAGAGCAAAGAACCCAACUUCUCCCAGUGGUAUCUAUGUUGUUACAAUUAGAUAAUACUGAUGAACGAAGGCUUUUACAAUCGCUGGAUUGA